CGCACGCCGGUGGUACCGGAGCCCGAGGGCGCAGGCGCAGACAUGGUGUCCGGCAAGCAGCUGGCCGACUUCGGCUACAAGGCCUUCUCCGGCUCCAUGGCGCUGCUGACCAUCUACGGCGGGUACCUGUGCGGCGUCCGCGCCUACCGCCUCCUCCAGCGCCGCCGGGAGCGGCAGGCCGCGGCCGGCCCCGAGAACUGAGGGGGGAGAGCCGGUACCGCGUUUCCCGGAUGGGGGGGAAGCAGGGAAACGUCCCCGCGGCCUCCCCCGGCUGGGGAGGGAGCUGGAGCCCAAUAAAACCGCUGUGACCAGG